UUUAAGACUAAUGCUAUUAACAAUUAUAUCAUUCUUUCAUAUUUACAAUUUAAUUAGUUUUUUAUCCCUUAUAUAUCUUUGUCCUAUUGUUUGUCUUUAUGAAGCUACUCGGAAAAAAAAAGUGUGAACGGAAGAAAUAAUGGCGGUGGCUGAGACUAGCGGUUGGAUGGCCGCCACGGGAAGCUUUAGCCUCCACGUCCUCCGCUCCCGGCUAUUCAUGGCAUUCGCUUCACUGCUCAUCCUAUCCAUGGCGGGUGCGAGUUAUCUGUUCGGAAUAUACUCAGGGGAGAUCAAAUCCUCACUGGGCUACGACCAGACAACCUUAAACCUGCUAAGCUUCUUUAAGGAUUUAGGCGGCAACCUAGCCAUCAUCUCAGGGCUAAUCAACGAGGUCGCCCCCGUCUGGUUCGUCCUCUCCCUCGGCAUAAUCUUCAACUUCUUCGGCUACUUCAUGAUGUGGUUGGCCGUGUCGGGGCGCAUCGCUAAGCCCAAGCUCUGGCAAAUGUGUUUCUACCUAUGCGCCGGAGCAAAUUCUCAGUCGUUUGCUAACACCGGCGCGACGGUGACCUGCGUCAAGAAUUUCCCGGAGGGCCGCGGGAUCGUAUUGGGCCAUCUUAAAGGCGCGAUUGGGCUGAGCGGCGCCGUCAUCACGCAGCUCUACCACGCUUUCUACGGCGGAGAUGAUCCACGGUCUCUGAUUCUCCUCAUUGCCUGGCUUCCCGUGGUUGUCACCUUUGUUUUUCUCCGAAAUAUUAGGAUCAUGAACCCGGUUCCUCAAGAAAACCACCUUAAAUUCUUCCACAAUCUCCUCUUUUUGUCGCUUGGCCUCGCCGGGUUUCUCAUGGUUAUAAUCAUUCUCCAGCAGAAACUCAGCUUCAGCAAAUUUGGGUAUGCUAUAAGUGCUACUAUAGUACUACUUUUGGUGUUUUCUCCGAUUGUUCUUGUGGUUAGAGGGGAAUAUAAAGUGUGGAGAAGCAAAGAAAAGGCUCCGGCGAUUGAAUUAGCAGAGCCUGGAGAGGCAGAAACAAAAACCCACCAAGAAAACUCGGAUUCUUGGUUUAAUAAUGUGUUUAGGCCGCCGGAGAGAGGAGAAGACCAUACGAUCCUACAAGCGCUUUUUAGCGUCGACAUGUUGGUUCUUUUCACGGCGACGACGUUUGGGGUCGGUGGGACGUUGACCGCCAUUGAUAACUUAGGGCAAAUCGGUAAGGCCUUAGGGUAUCCUUCUUCCAGCAUAGCCACAUUCGUGUCACUAGUGAGCAUAUGGAACUAUUUAGGCCGGGUCUCCUCCGGCUUCGCCUCGGAGAUCUUCUUGGCCAGGCACGGGUGUCCCCGCCCUCUCAUGCUCGCCGGCGUUCUUCUCCUCUCCUGCCUCGGCCACGUCCUCAUCGCCUUCGGCGUCCCCAACUCCCUCUACUUCUCCUCCAUGCUAAUGGGGUUCUGCUUCGGCGCGCAAUGGCCGCUGAUUUUAGCCAUCAUUUCUGAGCUCUUCGGGCUCAAGUACUACUCCACGCUGUAUAAUCUCGGCGCCGGAGCCAGCCCUGUGGGGCUGUAUAUACUGAACGUUAGAGUGGCGGGGCAUUUGUAUGACAAGGAAGCGGUGAGGCAAAUGGCGGAGAAGGGGGUCACCAGGAAGGCCGGAGAGGACUUGACGUGCGUGGGCGUGGAGUGUUAUAAACCGGCGUUUCUGAUCAUCACGGCGGCGACGUUUGUUGGGUGCUUGGUUUCGCUUGUUUUGGUGAUGAGGACUCGGGAGUUUUACAGAGGUGAUAUAUACAAAAGAUUCAAAGAGGAAGCUAAAGAUGAGUCUGCAGCUACUUAAGGCAAAUAUAAAAUGCUGGAUUAUAUUAUUGUAAUACUAAGCAUUCAUAUUUCAUAUGCGUGUUACUCAAAGUGUACGUACACUUCCUUGG